AUGUCGAGAAAGCGUCACAAGAGCACGUCAGAGGACGUAGCUCUGGAACUUCCAUUGCUGAACGAUGUGGUAGCCAACGAGAAUCUUUUCAAGUUGCGCGAGUGCCUCGCGGAGUAUCGGUCAGAGGUUGAUCAGUUGCGCAGUCAAAAUAGCGCCAUAGUGCGCGAGAAUGAGUGUUUAAGACAUCUUUGCUCCAGCGUUGCCGGUAUAUGGGAUGUACUGAGCAACGAGCUGGGCGCCGCGUCGCCCGGGCCUUCGGCCGACAAUGUCGCCGCCAACUCCGCAUCUGCGGAGGGGUUCCUGGACUUCCUAUCCCGAACGAGGCUCCCAUUCACCGUCCGCCGUGGUGAAGGCGCUACCUCGUCUGGAGGCGGUCCUCUGUCUUUGGAGGGCGAGGCCGUUGACGCCGUCGGUGACGGCAAGAAAUCUCCCCAGAAACUUGAGUCCGGUGACGAGCCAACUAACGAUGAGUUGGAUUCGUUCCUGGAGACCCACGUGGAGGCGUUCAAUCGCAAGAAGAACGUUUUGUUGUCUAGGGUGAAGCACCUGCUGCAGUCCACGGCGAGGAGUCCAGUUGCCUCCCGUGGCGUGCAAGGUCGUACACCGCAGAGCAGCCCACCAACCUCUCAGGCGCCUGUAGCAGAGCGCAAGAGACUCCGCGUUUUGGAGCUUGCCAGCAUUCGUUUGUACGAUACGGUUGAGGAGUUGCGUGACGUCGUGCGCAAGAGCAACCAUCGGUGCGGUGUUCUUGAGGUCGAGGUAUCGAGGUUGAAUAAACUCAACGCCGAGCUGCGUUACUCGCUAAAUAGGGUCGAUUCCUGCAUAACCCCGUCCGAAGCGUAUUCUACAAACAGUCUCGUGGAAUCUUUGCAGUACGAAGAUACUCCCGUUCCCGUGAUCAACGGCGUAGAGGAUGUCACCGAGGAGCUUAUCGUCGGCUCAACCUUAUACAAGGAUCUGUAUGAGUUGUGUAAAGCGCAGGAUGAGCGGAUUGCAUAUCUGGAGGGCCUGAACAUGGUGCUUCGCACCCGCGGCGAACUUGUCGCACUCGAAUACGAUCGCAAGCUGUUUGAUUACGUGCAGCAGCUGGAGGCCAUUGAAACGGAGCUGUUGAACCGUGUCGACGAAUACGAGAGCCAGGUGGCCUCCUACCAGGAGGAGUUGCGGCAACAGGAUGAGCGCCAGCAACACCUCACUGCCGUGACUGCCGAGCUUAAGGAGGAGCGCGAUUCGCUGCUGUCCGAGGUUCAAGGUAAAGACCGCAUCCUGAAUGAACACAUAUCCAAGAUGGCCAUGGUGAUAAGAACCUUCUCGCCAUCCGAGGACCGCUUGGCUGCUGAGCCUGCGCUGGCGGAUUACAAGGAUCAGCUGCAGAACGUCUCGCUCGAACUGGAGGAGAUAAGCGCGGCUUACGAGGAGAAGACCCGUCAGACGGAGCGCCUGAUUCAGCAAGUGAAGGAGAUGAUCACAUUCCGCGACAAGUACGUCGCCCUGGAAGCCUCGACUCGGGAGAUGGAAGGCAAGUUCAGUCGGGCGAUGGCCUUCUGUGAGCGCAAGAUGACAGCUGCGUACCAGCACAAGGAGGACCUGAUGCACCGUAUCGACACUUACCGGCGUACGUGGGUAGCUUCCUAUCGUCGGUGUCUGAGCUUUGAGAGUAAGCGUGACAUGGCGGCUUCUGCCCUGUACGAGUGCCAGGCGCAGCUCCAGGCUGCCGAGCGCGAGCGGAACGAUUUGCGCAGCAGGCUGGCGCUAACGCAAGCGGCUACGCAUCGCGUGCUGAUAUCCCGCGUUUCAACGGACAAGAGCCCAGACCCGUCGUCCGAGGAGGACAGCAUCAGGCGUGAGAACGACGCGCUGCGCCGUCGCAUGACCUGCACGGUAUGUUCGGAGCACUUCCGCGACCGCUGCCUGUCGAAGUGCGGGCACGUCUUCUGCGAGAACUGCAUCAAGAGCUGCAUCAAGUCGCGCAACCGCAAGUGCCCCGUGUGCAAGGUGGCCUUCGACCGCAACGACGUGCACCUUCUCGACUUCCUUAAGCUUGUACUCGAACUCCUCCUUGGUGGCGGUCUGGUUGGUCUCGAGCCAUGUGAUGGCCUCGUCGAUGGCGCUAAGAGCGGCAGAAACUUCACCAGCCUCGAGCUUGGACUUGACGUUCUCCUCGUUGAGGGUGUUCCUCAUGCUGUAGCAGUAGUUCUCCAACUGGUGCUUGGCCUCAACGCAGGCGCGCCUGUUCUCGUCCUCCUCCUUGUACUUCUCGGCCUCGGCAACCAUGCGCUCAAUGUCGCUGGUGCUGAGACGACCCUUGUCGUUGGUGAUGGUGACGUGCUCAGACUUGCCGGUAGACUUGUCCAUGGCAGUAACGUUCAGGAUACCGUUGGCGUCAAUGUCGAAGGUGACCUCAAUCUGGGGAACACCCCUGGGAGCGGGGGCAAUGCCGGUAAGGUGGAACUUUCCGAGGAGGUUGUUGUCCUUGGUCAUGGCACGCUCACCCUCGAAGACCUGAAUGAACACACCUUCCUGGUUGUUCUCGUUGGUGGUGAAGAUCUGGGUCUUCUUGGUGGGGAUGGUAGUGUUCCUCUUGAUGAGCACGGUCAUGACACCACCAGCGGUCUCAAGACCGAGGGACAGGGGAGCGACAUCGAGCAACAACAACUCCUGGAUUUUGCCAGACUGGUCACCAGAAAGAAUGGCGGCCUGGACGGCGGCACCGUAGGCAACGGCCUCAUCAGGGUUGAUGGAGCGGCUGGGCUCCUUACCGUUGAAGAAGUCCUUGAUGAGCUGCUGGAUCUUAGGGAUACGGGUGGAACCUCCGACGAGCACGACCUCGUGGAUCUUUCUCUUGUCAAGACCACUGGACUCCAAGGCCUUCUCGACGGGGAUAAGGGUGCCCCUGAACUUCUCACCACACAUCUCCUCGAAACGAGCACGGCUGAUGGUGGUGUUGUAGUCGAUACCCUCGUAGAGGGAGUCGAGCUCAAUGGUGGCCUGGGUGGAGCUGGAAAGCACACGCUUGGCGCGCUCACAGUGGGUCCUGAGACGACGGAGGGCACGCUUGUUGCUGGCGAGGUUCUUGCCGUUGUUGAUCCUCAUGAAGUCGCGGACACAGUGCUCGACAAGGAGGUUGUCGAAGUCCUCACCACCGAGGUGGGUGUCACCGGCAGUGGCCUUGACCUCGAAGAUACCGUCCUCAAUGGUAAGGAUGGACACAUCGAAGGUACCACCUCCAAGAUCGAAGAUGAGCACGUUCUUCUCCUCAGACCCCUUCUUGUCAAGACCGUAGGCAAUGGCGGCGGCGGUGGGCUCGUUGAUGAUACGCAUGACGUUGAGACCGGCGAUGGUACCAGCGUCCUUGGUGGCCUGACGCUGGGAGUCGUUGAAGUAGGCGGGCACGGUGAUGACGGCGUCCUUGACGGGCUUGCCGAGGUAGAGCUCAGCAAUCUCCUUCAUCUUGAUGAGGACCAUAGAGGAGAUUUCCUCAGGGUGGAAGGUCUUCUUCUGUCCCUGGAAGGUGACCUCGAUGGUGGGCUUGCCGCCAACACCGUUGGUGACCUUGAAGGGCCAGUGCUUCAUGUCAUCUUGGACGGUGGGGUCGUCAAACCUCCUUCCGAUGAGCCUCUUGGCGUCGAAGACGGUGUUCUCGGGGUUGCGGGCCUCCUGGUUCUUGGCGGCGUCACCAAUCAGACGCUCAGUGUCGGUGAAGGCGACGUAGGAGGGGGUGGUCCUGUUACCCUGGUCAUUGGGGAUGAUCUCCACGUUGUUGUCCUUGUAGACACCAACACAGGAGUAGGUGGUACCCAAAUCGAUACCAAUAGCCGGAGCAGACAUUUUGACUUAUCUUUCAGCUCUGCGUAA